ACAAAAAGAGAGUGUCGCGAGGAGAGAGACAGAGGACAAAAAAAAAAAACGUGACGAGGCAGCCGAAGAGCUGUUAUGCAACCGCUGACCUACUAACACAUAUUUCUAGAAAGGGAGCCGGAGAGGAACUGGAGCAAAGAGUCCGGCGGCACGCAGACACGCAAGGCAGCGCGAGCCAAGAGAGCGAAACGAGCAUCCACCCCCGAGUCCCGACGACCCGCCGACUCCACCGUCCACGACCGACCGGAGCACCGACAGACAGGAAAGGGGAGAAGAAGAAGAAGAAGAAGAAGAAGAAAAGUUUUGUUUUCUUUCUUUCGUUCUCUUCCUCCGUUUUGCAUUUGGAGAGGUCUCCUCUUAAGAAAAAAAAAAAAAGGACAAGGAAAGGAGGAAACAGGAGGGAGACGGCUUUUGUGUCGAGGGAAAGCCGGAAUCUUUGUGUGUUUGUUUUUUAUCCCCUCCUUCGCCUCCGGCACACGCGAAAUAAGACAGUGUGACGGCCUCCACGGAAAGGGAGCCAUUACAGCUCCGAUAGACCCAGAGCCCUGCAGCAGCACAUGUAGUACUCAGCAAACUGAAGCCACAUCCUCAGGGAGUGCCGAAGUAGACCGACUGACCUACAUCCUGUGUGAGACACUGAGAGAAGCAAGGCAGGGGCCUGACAGCCACCACUGUUCUGCUGAAGAUUGAGGAAGACGCUAAUAAUCUCCCAAAAAAACCCGACACUUCCAGCGAGGCUCCGGAAACCGCUUAAAAGAGAGAUCACCAAGCCAACUGGAAGACUCUCCUCUCAAAAUCUGAACUGGUUUCUUUUUUUUCGGUCCCUUGUACACAACACUAGUUCAAUGUCUGAGGUUUUUGUGGAGUUCCACCUCUUUUUAAUCUUCCUGGCUAAUAUGGACACUUGAACGUUUUGAUCUUGACAAAUACGCAACAGAUAUCAAUGAGGCGAUCCCUUCAAGGAGCACAAAUACCUCGUCAAGAAAUCUUUGCUGAUCCAGCGACAUAGGUCACACUCAGUAACAAAGCAGAAGGCUUACACAGUAUCGUUUCACAUUUUUUUCCCUCCCCCCUUUGCCCUUUGCUAGAGUCAAACUCUGGCCACCAGCUGGGAAAAAAUGGAAAGUCUAAGUCUGCACCUCCCGUCCCCGAGCAACAAUAAUACCAUGGAAGUAGACAAUUUUUCUUCCUACAGCGGGAGCCUUCCAUCCCCUGUUCCUGAAAGUGGAGGGCGGGCCAGCCGCCAGGCUAAAGGUAGCAAGAAUAACCUGAGCUCCCGUCGCAAGCGAGAAUUCAUUUCUGAUGAGAAGAAAGAUGCUUCCUAUUGGGAAAAACGGAGGAAGAACAACGAAGCGGCCAAGCGCUCUCGGGAAAAGCGUCGCCUCAAUGACAUGGUGCUCGAGAACCGGGUCAUGGCGCUGAAUGAGGAGAACGUCCGCCUGAAGACUGAACUCCUUCAGCUCAAGUUGCGCUUUGGCCUCAUCAGCACGGCCUCCUACAUGGAGAAAAGUCAGCAGAUCUCCAACAGCAGUGCGGCAAUGUGCAGCGCCGCUGGUAACGACGGCACCCCGAACAGUAACACCUACCUCUCAAGCAGCGGAUACUCCAGCGCGUCCCAGGUGAUGCUGAACUCUGACUCGUCUGAACCCGAGCAGUCAAGCUGUGGUGAGCGCCACGCCGCGCUCCACAGCUACUCCCCCCGGGGCUCCGUCUCCGACAUGUCGGACGCCUCCUCCAGGGACAGCCCCGAGCCCAUGGGCUACAACAUCAAGACGGAGCCCUCAAGUAUGGAGAUGGCCACGCUGGAAAACAACGGGAUUCCCGAUAAUGGGACUUACCAUGGCAACCACACUGCUUUGGUUUCUCCCCACCAGCAGAGCAACCCAUUGGCUGAAAGUGCCAUGGACUACCAACACCACCAACUGCAGCAGCAGCAGCAGCAGCAGCAGCACCACAUGGAGGCCUCCAGCCCCGCUCCUCAGGCCACCUCUGCACAGAGGAGCGUCAUCCUGUACCGCUCCAGCAGCGGCUGUUACCCCAUGGAGAGCCAGAGGUCGGAGGAGCAGCACCCCUCGGCCUCAAAGUUCUCUGACUGCACAGUGAGCGUCACAGAGGUCGCCGAGAAGCUUGAGAGGACGAAGACUUUGGACUCGCCUCAGUAUGAAUACGCCAACGGUCACGCUGAGUCGGCGGAGGAGCUGCAGGAGAAGUACAAUCCCGCCGCCCAACAGCACCGCGACAGCCACCAUCACUACAGCUACGAGGAUCAGGAGGACAGUCGUCAGCACCAGAACCCCUUCGCCCCUAAUCUGAUCCACAACACUGAGGAGGGCAAGUCCUCCUUCGCGCAGCACAACAGCUACCUCAACACACUGGACGAAGAGCCCCCGGUGCUCACCUACGAGGGAGGCCCCCGGGCUGAGGGUUUCUACCAGGAGAACUCCUCCGCUAAAGACACCUCCUCCAGCGACGGGGACCCUCGCAGCUCUGACAAAGAGGCCUCCACGGACGACGAGUCCCCCUCCUCGUCCUCCUCAGACACCAGCAGCUACCACCAGAAGGCAGCGGGGGCGACUGGUUCGCACGGAGAGUGCCACGCCGAGGUCAAGGGCACUGCUCUGCCGCACAAGCUCCGCCUCAAGUACAGAGCGAUGUCCAAUGGGGCGGCGGGGGCGCAGGUGGAGGGCCUGUUCAACACGUCCAUGUCCCCCUCUCCCACCUUACCACAGCACCCUUACCUCGCUCUACCCAGCAACCCUCACAGCGGCCAGGCCAAUGGGGAAAGCAAAGAGAACGAGUACGCAGAUGUGUUCAGGCCGCCCGUGAGCGAAAGGGCGGAGGUGAAAAAGGGAUCCAGCAGCGGGAGAGGCGGGCGCAAUAAGAGGCGUGACUAAGGACAAAUGGGAGCAGCCUGAACUUUUUCUUAUCACCUCUGUUGUCUAUAGACAGACAACUACUACUAGGACUCACAUCGCCACCUUACAAGACAGAAGUGACGUCGGUGAUCUGUGUGAGGUGCAGUCAGAAUGUGAUUUCACAAUGGACUUUCACUGUGUCACCUGUUCCCCCUUCCCUCUACUCUCUCCUACCUCCCACCCGGCCCUCCAUGUAAAAACACUUAAGGAGGGAGGGGACGGAAUGAAAACUCUACAGAGAUGGAGUCUGGGGUGUUUCUCUGGUGGAAUAUUAAAACAAUACUCAAUUAUUCAUGGCUGUGAGCUGCCUCGGUGGCCGGCCAGCAUCUACUGUGGCAUUUUGGAAACAUUCCUUUGACCAAAGAUACACAUCCUUCCUUUUUGGCAAAGAGUCACAUUCUUCCUCUGAACACGUCAGUACCAUUUGAUUCCCCCACCCCCCUCAAAAAAAAACCUUCUCAUCAUCCGAACACAAGUCCUCUUUACGUCUGAAGCACUUAGAUUGUAUAUUACUGUGACAUAUAAAUUUGCAUAUAUGGAAUAUAUAUUUUACGAAGAAAAAAACGUGGCAGAAAAACAAAACAAAAAGCAGCGGGAGAAAAGGAAGUUGUAGACUUCCAAAGUGAUUGGUUUGUUCUUGUCGAGACACCUUGUACAGUCCCUCUUUGUCUAGACGAUGCCUCAAAGAUUAGUUCAAAGUAUGAGCCGCAACUUGUUUUUAAAAAAAAGAAGAAAAGAAAAGAAAAAAAAAACCAGAAGAAUGGUACACUUUUUUCAGACUCAGCUCGGGUUCCUCGUUCAGGUGAUCCAAGCUCUCUGACACUCAGAACUGUCGAAGCGGUCUAGGCCAGUUAUUCUUGUAUCAACCAAGGCUAUGCAGUCACACAUUGCUGUCGGCAAAACCUGACAAGCACAAGGCGAGCCCCGUUCGCCAGCCGUGCCACAGAAAUCAACACAACUUCAUUUUUCUCCGGUUCUCCGGUCGUAAAAAAAACCAGCAAAGCUGCUCUUCUCUCUUCAUAAGGUGCCUCUUUUAUCGUGUCGUCCCUCGUCCCCCACAUCGGCCCAACGUCUUAAUGAUCCCACUCACGUCUGCACUGAGUUGUUCUAGCGAUAGUAGCUGCAGUAGAUCACACGCGUCUGUACAAGUUUUAACUGUUUCACUUCCCUGGUGCCUGCCUCUGGUCACUAUGUAUAAAUGUAAAGUUGUCUCUCGAUCUCUUGUAUACUGCUGUCAUUUAUUUUUAUUUUUAUUUUAUUAAUAUUGUUAUUUUCUAUUAUAUUCUGUUAUUAUUUUUGGUUAUUAUUAUGUGUACUUUUCUGUCAUGCCUAUUGUGUCAUUUUUGCUCUAUGCUCUUCCUGGUUGUGCUGUGUAUUUAACCCUCGCUGCCCUUCGCCCCAGUUACCAUUUGUACUAUGUGUUACUGUAUAACCCGUGCUGUUCGCCGAAAGGCUUUCUAAAAUGAGAAAAAAAAGAUAAUUCAUUUAAGGCUUGUCCAGAAGUGAUUAUGUAUCGUUAUACAUCACGUGGAUAUGCAAAAUGGUUACAAAAAAAAAAGACCCACUCAGUUUUGAAUGUGAAAGAUUCAAAGUGAGGGGGAAAAAAAUAAAAAGGUUGUUGAAUUUA